AUGGAACUCCAAGUUAGGAAGAUGAUAAAGAUGGAGAAUGAUAGGGCUUCGUCUUCAUCAUCAGAUCUUAAAAAGGCCAGCACAGAUGAGCUUCUCAGAGGGAGAGACCUGAGCAACCAGCUUCUUCAACUUGUUCUUCACCAUCGUGAUCAGUCCAGUAAUACUGGAUCAGAUCAUGAAGGCUCCUUGUUAUGGAUUCCAUGUGCCCAAGAUCUUGUCAACAACAUUCUCACUUCAUUCUCAAACACCCUCCUUCUCUUUGACUCCCUUAAGAUCCCUACCGAUGCUUCUCCUGAAUCUGAUCAGAAGCACCAUGAUUUGGAUCAUCAUACUCUCAACAGUUUAAACACAAGAAACGGAAGACGCUGUUACCUGAGGAAAAGAGCAAUGCAAACAUGCGAGGAGAAAUCCCCAAUUCUAGUUGACGAUGGACAUGCAUGGAGAAAAUAUGGACAAAAGAAGACAAUGAAUGCUAAAUAUCUAAGGAACUAUUACAGGUGUAGUCACGAGUACGGCCAGGGAUGUCCAGCAAUGAAACAAGUUCAAAGAAUACGAGAGAAGCCUCCUUUACACAGAACCACCUAUUUUGGCAGUCACACUUGCAACAACCACCAAUUACUACUUCCUGUGAUCCCUCUGGAUCAUCACUCUUCUCGGCCUUCUGAAUCUUCUUUGUUACUUAGUUUCAAUGAUGAUACUUGUCUCAAGGGAAAAUUAUUACAGGACCAAUCCUUUUUCUUAUCCACCAAGAAGGAAGAAGAGACUUCCAACGAUCAUCAUAUUGUGAAGCAAACCCCAGCGUCCCAAUCUAAGCAUGUCACUACUACGACAGUGUUAUCCUCAUCAACCUUGGAUCAGGUUUCUUCUGUCAAGCCCCAAUCUAUUGAACUGGAUGAUGUUAUUUUAAAGUGCUUUGAUUAUGAGUUUGUACAUUUUGGUCCGUGAUUUGGUUUUAUAACUUGUCAGAGAGAAAGAGGACCAGAGCAAGACUGCAUGUUUAGUACAUGGAGAAGUGCAUGUUUUCUGGAAAAGAAUGUGAAAUGUAUCUAAAAAGAAAAUGACACAGGUUUGUUGUCAUUUUCCUUUCUAAAAAAUACUUUUCUGUCCACCAAACAUUAUAUUAAUAACCUGCCUUCUUCUUUCU